AAGGGCAAGCGUAACAGGCCGACGCUGGAAGAGCUUCUCGAGCGGCCUUGGUGCUUCUACUGCAACAAAGACUUCGAUGACCUCAAAAUUCUCGUCGACCAUCAAAAAGCGAAGCAUUACAAAUGUCAGGUCGCGCACUGCAACCGGAGACUGAACACAGUUGGUGGGCUGCGGGUACAUAUGCAGCAAGUCCACAAGGAAGAGUUGAAAUCUGUACCAAACGUGCUAGAAGACCGCGAUGAUGUGAAUUUGGAAAUUUUCGGCAUGGAGGGUAUUCCAGCACAAAUGCGACAAGCCUACAACCAGCAGGUCACUCAAGCGUACUAUAAACAGGAAGCAGAGCAUCGAGCCCGGACCGGCAACAAUUUGCACUCAGCUGGAGAACAGCCUGCAGCGAAAAAGCUCAAGCUUGAUGACGAUGCGCGCGCUGAGCUCAAGAAGCGUGUCGCUGAGGCCAAGGCUAAGCGUGAGGCUCAGAAAGCUGCUGCAGCAGCCGGAUUACCGAUGCCAGCAGAGACGGCAUCACCAGCACCACCACCCAGCAAUCCUUCGCCGGUAUCUGGCGGCCUACCAAAUCCCAUCAUGCCCACGUACGGUGGCUACAAUCAACAACUUCCUCCAGGAGUUAUGCCGCAGUUUCCACCAGGUAUGCCCGCUCAUUUGCCACCGGGCAUGCCUGCUCAUUUGCCUCCAGGAAUGCCACCUCAUUUCCCUCAACUGCCUGGACAACCCCAUUUUCAUGCUCUCCCUCAUGCCGUAAGUCCACCUGGAUGGGGCGCUCGCCCCCCAAAUUUUAUUCCAGCACCACAAUCUAAAAUUGCGCUAGAUCGUCUGAAUGGUCCUUCAGCUGCGACGGAAACCGGAGCUGCUAUCAAGCCCGAAACAGGAAAGUCAAAACAAGAAUUGCCAGAGCCGAGCGGCGAGAAACCUGCGAAAGCUUCCAAGAAGAAGCAGCCCACGAAGCUGGUGCUCUCGGACAACGAGGUGAGCUGGGAAGAACAUCGCGCCGCUCUUACCAGAUAUCAG